AUGGUUUCCACCAAGAAGAUCCUUGCCUUGGCCUCAGUGGCGGCCUUUGUCGCUGCACUUCCUACGCCAUCCGAUGGGAGAAUCACCAUGAUUUUGGAAGACUGGCUAAACGUGCUCAGCGGUGCUUCAUUUCCUGCUGGCCAGGACCUGGCCAAGCGCAAAUAUCUUGUCCAAUACCCGGAAGAAGAAGCUGGGUCUAAGGAGGUCCUAAACAAGCGGAAGUAUCUGGUGCAGUACCCCGAAGAGGAAGCAGUGGCCAAAGAGGGACUUGCCAAGCGAAAGUAUUUGGUGCAGUACCCUGAGGAAGAAGCUCAAUCUGAGGAAGGCCUCAUGAAGCGCAAAUAUCUUGUUCAGUAUCCCGAGGAGGAAGCGGAGUCCACCAAAGGACUUACCAAGCGGAAGUAUCUCGUGCAGUACCCCGAAGAGGAAGCAGUGGCCAAAGAGGGACUUGCAAAGCGAAAGUAUUUGGUACAGUACCCUGAGGAGGAAGCUGAGCCAAAGGCUUGA